GAAGGAGACGUCAGACCAGGUCAAAGGUCACACCCUUGACGUCAGGAAGAAGCAGACAUGGCGGCGAGGUCACUGCUCCGCUCGGCUGUCCGAGCCGCGAACACCUGGCGGGCCGCCCCGGUACCUGCUCUGACCCGCGGCAUGGCUGCCGGAGGAAUUCCCACUGAUGAAGAACAAGCCACGGGCAUGGAGAAGAAGAUCAUGAACGCCAUGAAGGAGGGAAAGGAUCCCUAUAGCAUGAUGAAGCCCAAGAGCUACGCCGGCUCCAAGGCGGACCCCCACCUUGUCCCCUCCAUCACAAACAAGAGGAUUGUGGGAUGCGUCUGUGAAGAAGACAACACCGCCGUGGUUUGGUUCUGGCUUCACGAGGGCGAGGCCCAGCGCUGCCCGUCCUGUGGUUCCCACUACAAGCUGGUGGCCCAUGAGCUCCCUCACUAACUCCUACAUACCUGUGUCAUUGUAGACGUUACCACAGAGCUGUGUCUCAGAAAUAUUCCUCUUUACCUUUAGAACGAUGGAGAAACAUCAGACGGCAGCGUUUCUUUCUUCAGUCUCCAGGAAGUUAAUUUAUCUCUGGACCUUUUGGUUCCGUCCACUUCCUGGUCUUAAGUUAACGUCCCCGUCUGAUUGGUCUUGGACUCGUUCUGUCUCAGUACUUGAUCGACCUGCUGACCUCAUCAGUCUUUUGCUUUACACGUUACCUUUUCCAGAGGGAUCACAUGUGGUUCGGGUUCAGUUUUCUCUUCAACAUUUCCAUUCAGCUGCAGUUUACAUCCACACGUGUACUGUACGACGUUACACUCGGUCCACCUAACUCCUUUUAUUGAACCAAUAAAGUUUGCUGUGGAUGAACUUCA